AUGGCCACCGCUUCAGUAUCGACCCCCAUCAAGUCCCAUAAGGGGCUCUUCUCUUCCAGGACCGCUGGCGGUCGGAUGCCCCUUACUCCCUCUCCUCGUCAGCACUCUACCACCUCAGUGUCGGCGAAUCUGAACUCCUCCCCCUUUACUCCUGAGAAGCAGUCUUGCAAUGACACAUACCGGGCAUCUGGCAAGUCCACGUAUAGCGGCAACCUCACAGCACACCUUGCGAGAUCGACCACCAAUAAGUCAUCACACCGCGACUCUCCUAAGUCCAAUAUUGCCAGAGGCGUCUCUACCCCUCGCAGAGCUCUGGAGCUCGGAGUGUCCGAUUUCACUUUAACUGGUACUGGCACCAAGACCCCUUCCAGCUCCAAGGUCAAGAAGGGCUCCCUGAGACAAAAGACUGCCAAGACGACCGCCAGCUAUGGCGCAGACCGUUUUAUUCCCAACCGGGGCGCCAGCUCCGCCAUCGCUAACGUUGGCAGCGGCAAGCUCGAUAUGUCUGACAAGCGAUCCAAGAGUGGCACUAGCGAGGCCUCGAAUGUUCUGUCGUCGGCCACAGACGACGCCAUUGCUGCCCUUGAGGGCCUCAACAUUGACGAGGAGGAGCCUGCAACCUACUCGCGUCCUUCGCCCAAUACCGUCGCCUAUCAAGAUUCCCUUGCCAAUGCUUGCGGUGUCAGCCUCAACACUCGCAUUCUUGAGUUUAAGCCUGCGCCCCCUGAGUCCUCCAAGCCAAUUGAUCUCCGCCAGCAGUACAACCGUCCCCUCAAGCCCGCAACUGCCACUUCUGCUCAGUUCCGUCGCCGCGUCGCAACUGCUCCUGAGCGUGUUCUGGACGCCCCUGGUCUGAUCGACGACUACUACCUCAACCUUCUUGACUGGAGUUCUGGCAAUCAGGUCGCCAUUGGCCUUGAGCGAAAUGUCUAUGUCUGGUCUGCUGAUGAGGGAAGCGUUAGCUGUCUCCUUGAAACGAGUCCUGACACUUACGUUAGCAGUGUAAAGUGGUCUGGCGAUGGUGCCUAUGUCGGCGUUGGCCUUGGUACCGGUGAGGUACAGAUCUGGGACGUUGCCGAGGGCCAGAAAGUUCGCAGCAUGUUCGGCCACGACACCCGCAUCGGUGUGAUGGGCUGGAACAAGCACCUUCUCUCCACUGGUGCACGCAGUGGACUUGUUUUCAACCACGAUGUCCGUAUCGCUGAGCACAAGGUGGCAGAACUCGUCUCGCACACAUCCGAGGUCUGUGGCCUCGAGUGGCGAUCCGACGGUGCCCAGCUCGCCACUGGCGGCAACGACAACCUCGUCUCUAUCUGGGAUGCUCGUUCUCUUUCUGUUCCCAAAUUUACCAAGACCAACCACAAGGCCGCCGUCAAGGCUCUCGCCUGGUGCCCCUGGAACAUGAACCUUCUGGCCACGGGUGGUGGCUCGUAUGACCGCCACAUCCAUUUUUGGAACUCUACGUCGGGCGCUCGCGUCAACAGCAUUGAUACUGGCUCGCAGGUUACCAGUCUCCGGUGGAGCCCUCACUACCGUGAAAUUGUCAGCUCUAGUGGAUUCCCUGACAACUCGCUCAGCAUUUGGAGCUACCCGACGUUGGUUCGUAACGUCGAGAUUCCUGCACACGAGAGCAGGGUCCUCCACAGUUGCCUCAGCCCUGACGGACAGAUGCUUGCUACUGCAGCUGCCGACGAGAGUCUGAAAUUCUGGAAGGUGUUCGAGAAAAAGGCGGGAGCUAGUGCCGGUGUCGGCGGCAGCAGCUCUUCGGCCAAAGCAGACAUGGUCAAGCAGAUGACCAUCCGGUAA